CUUAUCCACCAAACCCAACACCAAACUACAUUCUCCACCCUAAACUUUCAUAUUGAAUAGAUAGGGAGAGCAAAAAGCUUCUAGAACUUUCUGCAGCUCCCCCAAUCUUUAUCACAAAUACCCCGGGGCUCUUUCUCUUACUGUCCAUUCAAUACCAUUUUCUCCUAUCCAAUGGCUUGCUCUGCUUCUUCAACAGCACUUGUUUCUUCCAACCCAAAAGCAGCUUCCAUUUCUCCCAAAUCCUCCUACAAUUCCCCCAUUUCUCAAUGCCUCUCUCUUCCUUCCUCUUUCAACGGGCUCCGUAAUUGCAAGCCUUUUGUUUCUCGUGUACCCCGUUCCCUCUCUUCUCGUGUCGCUCAAUCCCAACGCCGCCGUUUCACUGUCCGUGCAUCUAGUGAACUUCCACUUGUUGGAAAUCAAGCGCCAGACUUUGAGGCUGAAGCUGUUUUUGAUCAAGAAUUCAUCAAGGUUAAACUAUCUGAGUACAUUGGGAAGAAAUACGUGAUUCUCUUUUUCUACCCACUAGACUUUACAUUUGUUUGUCCAACAGAAAUCACUGCUUUCAGUGACCGUUAUGAAGAAUUUGAAAAGUUGAACACAGAAAUAUUGGGUGUUUCCGUAGACAGUGUGUUCUCCCACCUUGCCUGGGUCCAAACUGAAAGAAAGUCUGGUGGGCUAGGUGAUUUGAACUAUCCAUUAAUUUCUGACGUGACCAAGUCAAUUUCGAAAUCAUACAAUGUAUUGAUCCCCGAUCAGGGAAUUGCAUUGAGAGGACUUUUCAUCAUCGACAAGGAAGGAGUUAUUCAGCAUUCAACCAUUAACAAUCUUGGAAUUGGUCGGAGUGUUGAUGAAACAUUGAGAACUCUUCAGGCAUUGCAAUACGUUCAGGAUAACCCGGAUGAAGUGUGCCCAGCUGGAUGGAAGCCUGGGGAGAAGUCCAUGAAGCCUGACCCCAAGGGUAGCAAAGAAUACUUUGCAUCCAUAUGAGGUGAUGACUGCAUUUGCUUUACCUAAUUUGUUGUUUAGGGAGGAUGGAGGCAGUACUUUUCUGUUACAUUUUUCUAAUGUACCGGCUGAGUUUGGUCAUUUUUGAGAAUAUAUACUUGUACACUCUUAUAUUCUGCCUUUGAAAGCCAUUACUUAAAACAA